UAAAUAGCUGAAUACGAUGCGUCGUAUUUAAUGAAAUAUUUACCUAAUGUAUGUAUAGUGGAUAUAGUACCUUAUACGUUAUAUAACGUAAACGCAAGGAACAUAGCACAAACUAUUCAGAGUCGGUCAGUCUUGCUCGUGUUGAUAGUGGAACAAAAAACUUUGUUGAAUUUUUAAGACAAUGCAUUUGCGCGGCGUUAUUUUUUUGUGUCUUUUAGGCUGUGCAUUAGGUGAUAGAUUAACAUGUAAACAAGUUCGUGAAAUAGUGGACGGUCAUAACGAGAGACGUUUGAGAUUAGCAAAGGGUAACGUAAGUGGACAGCCACCUGCAAGCGAGAUGAAGUAUAUGAUUUGGGACGACGAACUCGCAGCGAAGGCAACCAAAUGGGCUUCCAGGAAUUCGUUCCAGCACAACCCAGACAACACUAUCGGUUCAGGAAGAUUCCGUACGGGCGAAAAUCUCUAUGUGUUUUCGACUACGAACAGGAAUCAAAAAAUCAACUUACAGGCAACUUUAGACUCCUGGUUUAAUGAAAAUAAGGAUUUUACUUAUGGGCCCAUAUGGAUAGACCAUUUUAACAGAGAAGACGGUGUCCAAAUAGGUCACUAUACGCAGAUGGUGUGGUCCGAUUCAGUGUACGUGGGAUGUGGAAUCUCGCAGUUCUCCAGAAACCCUGGAUGGACCAGCUACAUGGUCGUUUGCAACUACGGACCAGCCGGCAACAUUAUCGGAAGCGUCCCGUAUCCAACGGGAAACCCAAGUAACCAGCUCACAUGCAGCUUUGAAGGUUGCAGCGGGAAGAGUCAUUACGAUGAGUUUAUUCUCUAUGGACAGUAUGGCGACAAAUGUUGAACCAUACAUGGUGGUUUACGGUCAACGAUUUCUAUUUUAUAAUUUACGAACUUAUAUGUAACUUCGUCGAACACGUGUCUUUUGUAUUUGUAAAUAUUAAAAUUCCACAGAUUAACUAUACUUAUUGUUGUAUAAUAUAUGUUAUAAAAAUAUUAUUUCAUUUAAAAACUGUAGUCAUAAGUAGAUUCUUAUUGUAAUGUAUUUACAUAUUUAAAACGCAUUUUAAUAAAUAAGAUGAUUUUUUAAA